AGCCGCGCUAUCUCCGAAUGUUCUCCGCGGUGUUAUAUAUUGGACAUGACAAGGAUUCACCACUCACUACGAUCCUUAUUUUUCGGAGGGUCGUUGACUGCAACAGUGACGGUUGGACAUGACAAGGAUUCGCCACUCACUACGAUCCCUAUUUUUCGGAGGGUCGUUGACUGUAACAGUAACCCGCUGCACUCGGCGAUUCAACAGUAUAAAGUGAGGUAUGUAGACUCUCAAUACCAUUUAUUCCAUCAUCAUCAUGGUUAAUCAGUCUACUGUCAAUGACACGGCCUCGCUCGCUGAGUCUACCUCAACAUGUUUAAAUAUAUCGUCAUCUCCGCAGCCCAUAGUGGACAAUGUUGCAAAACGUGUCAAGCUUAUCCUUGCACAGGCCACAGCAACCCCCUCUGAGUUGCACUCCGCUGCUCCGGAAGUAAUUGAUGUUGAUGUUGAUGUUGAUGAAAAUGAUGUGGCACCUCCUGCCGCCGAACAGGAUGACGAAGCUGAUCUAAAUACUCUCAAGAAAACAUGGCGUUCAGCAGUCUAUUCGUUUUUUAAGCUUGACGCUGUGGCUGUCCAGUAUCACGAUGGACGUCUAGUUCAUUUCUUCCCUUGCGGGGCACACAAGUGCAAACUCCCUUCCGGAGGUGUCCGCCGCUUCCAGGACUCCAGGGACAAGUCAUCGACUACGAAUCUAAGGCAUCACGCCAAUGGCUGUUGGGGCAAAGAGGCAGUUGAUCUUGCAUUUAGUGGCGGAAAGAUCGUUACAAAGACCAGGUCUCACCUUCAACUCCAGCUGCACAUGUCUCAGUAGAAGACAAGGUACGACAAUGUGCUGAUGACUUUGGUGACAUAUUUCUUGGCACAGUAGCAUCUCUAGUAGAUGAGCUUGACGACU